AUCGCGCGCGCAAGCAAACCGCCAGCGAAACGCAUCUCCGCCUGAAUGGAAUAACGCCUGGAUAAAGAACCCCAUAACGCAGAUCUCGAGAUUGGGUAACCAGUGACCAGAGACCAGUCACCAGUGACCUUUGACCAAAAUGGCCGCGGCAAUGAUGAGCGAUCGCGAGCGGGAGUCGAUCGUCAGCAAUUUGACCAAGGAUGUGCAGGCCCUCAGGGAAAUGGUGCGGAGUCGGGAAAGCGAGCUGGUCAAGCUGCACCGGGAAAUCCACAAACUGAAGAGUGUGCUCCAGCAGACCACCAACCACCUGAACGUCACCCGGAGCGAGAAGGCCAAGAUGAAGCUCUACUCCUUGCCGGAGCAGUGUGGCGAGCAGGAGGGCAGGGAGCGGGAUCCGCAUGUGUGCAGCUCCUGCGGCAUGGUGCUGCCCUCCAGUCCGGAGUUCGCCCUGGAGGCGCUGUCCCUGGGACCGCUUCCCCACUCCGCAGCUUCCUCCACGGCCUCUCCAUCGGCAUCUCCCUCUCCAUCGACGGAGGAACCCAGGCCAAAGGCCAUUCCCGCUGCCAUCAAAAAACAAGGUGUCUCCGCCGAGAGUUGCGUGCAGUCCAUGCAGCAGUCCUACAGCAUUCCGAUACCCAAAUACGACAAGGAUUUCAGUGCCAAGCAGCAGAUCAAGGACGCCAUCAUGGACAACGACUUUCUGAAGAACAUAGACGCCUCGCAGGUGCGCGAACUGGUGGACUCCAUGUACUCCAAAAGCAUCGCCGCCGGGGAGUUUGUGAUCCGCGAGGGCGAAGUGGGUGCCCAUUUGUACGUCUCCGCAGCCGGCGAAUUUGCAGUGAUGCAGCAGGGCAAGGUGCUGGACAAGAUGGGGCCGGGCAAGGCCUUCGGGGAGCUGGCCAUCCUCUACAACUGCACCAGGACGGCCUCCAUUCGGGUGCUGAGUGAGGCGGCCAGGGUGUGGGUGCUGGACAGAAGGGUCUUCCAGCAGAUCAUGAUGUGCACGGGUCUACAGCGCAGGGAAAACAGUGUGAACUUCCUGAGAUCCGUGCCCCUGCUGAAGAACCUUAGCGAGGAGCUGCUGGCCAAGAUUGCGGAUGUCCUGGAGCUGGAGUUCUACGCUGCAGGCACCUACAUCAUCCGCCAGGGCACCGCCGGCGAUAGCUUCUUCUUGAUCUCACAGGGCAAUGUCCGGGUGACACAGAAACUGACCCCCACCUCCCCGGAGGAAACGGAGCUGCGAACUCUGUCGCGGGGAGACUACUUCGGAGAGCAGGCUCUGAUCAACGAGGACAAGCGGACGGCCAACAUCAUCGCCCUGUCACCAGGAGUGGAGUGCCUCACUCUGGACAGGGACUCCUUCAAGCGACUGAUCGGCGAUCUCUGCGAGCUGAAGGAGAAGGACUACGGGGAUGAGAGCAGGAUGCUGGCCAUGAAGCAGGCCAGGGAGAGCAGCGAGGAUGAGCCCAAGCCCAAGGAGCAGCUGCAGCAGGAGUUCCCCGACUUGAAGCUCACGGAUCUCGAGGUGGUCAGCACUCUGGGCAUAGGUGGCUUUGGUCGCGUGGAGCUGGUCAAGGCCCACCAUCAGGACCGGGUGGAUAUCUUCGCCUUGAAGUGCCUGAAGAAACGACACAUUGUGGACACCAAGCAGGAGGAGCACAUCUUCAGCGAGCGCCACAUCAUGCUUAGCUCGAGAUGUCCCUUCGUCUGCCGAUUGUAUCGCACUUUCCGGGAUGAGAAGUACGUCUAUAUGCUGUUGGAGGCCUGCAUGGGUGGCGAGAUCUGGACGAUGCUUCGGGAUCGCGGAUCCUUCGAGGACAACGCGGCGCAGUUCAUCAUUGGGUGUGUCCUGCAGGCAUUCGAGUACCUCCAUGCCCGCGGGAUCAUCUACCGAGAUCUGAAGCCGGAGAACCUUAUGUUGGAUGAACGCGGCUAUGUGAAGAUCGUGGACUUCGGUUUUGCCAAGCAGAUCGGAACCAGCGCAAAGACGUGGACCUUCUGCGGCACCCCGGAGUACGUGGCGCCCGAAAUCAUCCUGAACAAGGGUCACGACCGAGCUGUGGACUACUGGGCGUUGGGUAUCCUCAUCCAUGAGCUGCUUAACGGAACCCCACCAUUUAGUGCCCCUGAUCCCAUGCAGACGUACAACCUCAUCUUAAAGGGCAUUGACAUGAUAGCCUUUCCCAAGCACAUCUCCCGCUGGGCCGUGCAACUCAUUAAACGCCUCUGCCGCGAUGUUCCCUCGGAGCGCCUUGGUUACCAGACCGGGGGUAUCCAGGAUAUCAAGAAGCACAAGUGGUUCCUGGGCUUCGACUGGGACGGCUUGUCCAGCCAGCUGCUGAUCCCGCCCUUCGUGCGACCCAUUGCCCAUCCGACGGACGUGCGCUACUUCGACCGCUUCCCCUGCGACGUAAGCGAGCCGCCGGACGAGCUAUCCGGCUGGGAUGCGGACUUCUAGGCCCAUUCCACCUCCUCCCUUGACUUGGUACUUCAUCACUCUUUAGUUUACUGUAGGAUACUUUAUUGAUUUGUAUAGAAACGUAGAAAGAAACAAGGAAA